AUGGGUUUUGGGCCAUCACCACCCUCGCUAAUAACCGUUGGAUGGGAUACUGCUGCAUUGUCUUCUCUUUCCAUGGCAGACUCCCAGACAUAUGCUAGACAGCUUCUCGUCAAGCGUCAUGGAUAUCCUCUGUGGAUCCCUGAGCCUUUCGGGCAUUCCCCCAUCUACAGGACGAAAGGUGUUCGCAUUGGCGAUGUCGGAUAUGUCACUCAAGAUGGUGGCUUUCAGACGUUGUUCAACAUUCGUGCACCCAAGGGACAUCCAAUUAAUCGGCGAGGCGUCCCAGAAGGCUUUCAGCAGGUCCCCCUUGAUGCUCAAGAUAUCGGCCAUGUGCAUUUUCACAGACCAAACAGUGCUGUCGUCAGCACAUUCCACGAAGAACGAGCAUUCAGCGCAGGUGCCUCUGCUGUGGAGCCACAGACAAAUGUGGGUGCUGGUGCGGCAAUGGAGUACACCUGGUCAUCUACGGAAGGGGCCGUCCUCCGCCUGCCAGAUGGUGCCUCGCGCAUCAAUAUCCAUGCGAAGCAGACACAUUUUCAACAGCAAGCUGCUAAACAUGCAGAAGCGUGGUACAGAUUCGCAGUAACAGAAGGCUUCAAUAUUUCCAAUGGCUCAUUGUACCUCAUUACCGGAUGCGACAAAACCAAGUCUUGGAUGGUCGGUGCCUUCUCCUCCUCUAGCACUACCUCCGGAUUGCAAGUCAAACUGCGUAUUGGCGUAGCCCAAGGGCAGGCUUCAUACAGCUAUUCGUGGACUAGGUACAUUCCUGUUACUCAUCGUACUGGUCCGCUGAUUGAUGAUACGACUGCGGUCUGUGAUCUCGUCGACUUAGGAAGAGACGACGAACUAUUCGCCCAUGCUUCCGAGGAUGAUAUACGUCGGAAUGCUUUCCCCGAUCCCGCGUCCUUCCCAGGUUGGUUCGGCAAAGGCGAAGGCAAAGGCAAAGGCAAAGGCAAGGCGAAAGCCCUUGAGGCCCACCAAAGUUCCAACCAUGAACGCGAGGGACAUGAUAGAGAAUCGGGGGAUGAUCCGCCACCUAGCAGCGACAAUGUAAGCAUCGAGGAAGUCCCCGGCCCCUGCGAGUACCCCCACGCCAAGGUCGCCAUUGUCAACGAUAAAGACUGGAUGGAUCUCAUUGAUGAGAAUGAUCGUUUGUGGCCAACCAACGAUGAACUGCUGCUCCGAUUCCAGAGUCGCCACACCCCUUAUUGCGCUGACGGUGUCGUGUGGCCCGAUGAUCCCCGGGAUAAACUUGAUGUGGUAUUACAAAUACUCCGUGAAGGUGUUCUCCAAGCCCAUCACUACUUGCCAUCGUAUCCUGCGGCCCUGGAGGAAGCUGCCGAAAUCCUGGCCGAUGAAGCCAACGAAGCACUGGCGGCUGACAAAGUUGACGAAGCCCUGGAGGGGGCCCACGAAAUCCUUUCGGCGUACAUGGCCAAUAUUCUUCAUUCUUUCAAGGUAAUCAAGUACAUCAGGAGCGAGCACGUCACUCCCGUACAAGCCAACGCUGUCGAGCUUUGGUGGCUGCAGUCAGGCAAAGAUAGCAUCUUACCUGCUUCAGUUGCCGCCUCAAUCGCCGACCGCGCCGCGGCGAGGAAACAGGUAGACGCCAGCCGGCAGGAGGCUCUCGUUGAUGUAAAUAAUCUCAUACAUUUGCUGUUCCCUGCUUGUCAGACGCUUGUUCAGGCGCUUACGAGAGCGACCGAUUACCUUGCGUACGCAAAGGCAACAGGAGAGGCACCGUACGAUGACCACGCUCUCGAUGUCUGGGUUACGCAGAAUGGGACCAUCGCGGAAAUGUCAUCACCUUUCUUCUAG